AUGCAGCCUGUUCAAGUUCUGGUUAUACUUUUAUUGUCAGAUUUACUGCCUGAUAAACUAUUCUUUCUUUGUGCAAAUGACUUCACAGUUCAGCCUUCGUCUAUUAAUACAACACUCAAUUCAACUGUAAAUUUCUUUUGUGAAGCUACUGAUGACUAUGAUUUUUUAAACUUCUAUGCUGACAGUAUACAAACCAGUAGAGAGGAAAUAAGAAACAGAGGAUUUCAAGAUAAUAUUAUUUCAAUAAGUGGUGGAGCACUAAGAGGUGUUUUGACUGCUAAAGCAUAUGAUAUUAAUAAUAACACAAAUAUUACAUGCGUAGCUAGUUCUCUGUCGACACUACCUAUCACAAGUGAUACUGUCUUUUUAAUGAUACAAGCUACUAAUCCUAAUCCCUGUGUAUUAAAUAAUGUAUCAGUUUCUCCUAUUAACGAUGUUGGAAUUGGUUCCUCAAAUAAUAAGAAUUUUUACUAUCAAACAGUUCCUCUUAUCACUCCUAAUGUAUCAGUAAUACUAAUAGUUGAUGAACAAAAGCAAGUGCUAUUACAUAUUCAUGUUGAUGUUGCAGAUUUAUGCAUUGGUGAGUAUCCUAAUAAUGUAACAGUUACUAUACUGACUACUAAUAAUGAGAUACAAGAUAGUGCCAGUAUACCAACACAAGUCAAUGAUCAACUGGUGAUUACUGGAGCAAUAACUGUACCUAGAUCUAAUAAUUUAAAUACAUUUAUUGUUAAUGUAUCACUGAGUAAUAAUGGAGGAGAAUUCCUACCUACACCUUCUUUUGGAUUUGUAAUUAUAGGACCAGUUACUGAGAUAAUAUCAAUAAUUAUUGAUGACUGUUCUACAAUUAACAUAACAUGGAAUGCUCCUAUAGUCGAUGACAGUAUAUCUAUACAGUAUUAUAAUUUGAGUAUUUAUGAUGAUAUUUCCCAUCAGUUCCUAAGGAGUAUAACAGUUAAUGAUACCAGUUAUCAGUUUGUAAAUGACAACUUAUUUAUUCAUCAUUAUACAUAUGCUAUAACUGGAGUUAAUGAAUUAGGAGAAGGAAUACCUCAUAAAGCUACUUUCUCCUAUCAGAGAGUUCCUAGAUCAGCUAAUGAAAACACCGUUUUUCUAAAACUUAAUUAUACACAAAACAUUUUGACUAUUGUUGAGUUCAAUAUACUGGUAAUGCUAGAGUGUACUGGUGAAGCCCCUAAUAGUGCUACAGUUACUGUACAUUGUAAUGAUACUGGUAAUAUAUAUAGUAGCUCUUAUAUAAUAGAGCAUACUAAACAACCAAAUAAUAUAACAGGAUUAAUAUCAGUCCAUCAGUAUCAAGAGUGUAAUAUCAGUAUUGUAUUUAGUAAUGAAGCUGGUAGUAGUGAACCAUUUAUACUAGAAUUUGAUACAUCACAACUUUAUCCCAAUAUCACUACAACAACUACCAAGAGUACUAUCACAACUGAUAUAGUUAUUAUGUGGUCAACGAGUACAGUCAUAUUACUAAUGAUAUGUCUCAUUUCAUCAGUUUGUUUUAUUAUUAUAUACAAGAGGAAAGCUAGUAAGCAUUUUUAUUAUAAUCAUUAUAUUUAUUACUAUUAAUACAGGGAGUAACUCAUUGCAACAACAAAGGGUGCUUACUGCAUCUAAUGAAGCA